GACGGGAGGCCGGCUCCUCGGAAAGCCCGGCGGGAGGCGGGGUGAGGGAGCCGCCGGGCUUCGCGGACGGGAGGCCGGCUACCCGCAAAGCCCGGCGCGCGGAUCGCGGCCUCGGCCCUAAGAUGGCUGUUGUGCGCGGGGCGCCGCCGCUGUAGCGCCGCGAGGAGCCGCCCGCCGCGCCGCGCCUCGCCUCGCCGCCAUGGAGUGCCCACACCUCGGCUCCAGCGUCUGCAUCGCGCCCGACUCGGCCAAGUUCCCGCAGGGCUCGCCAUCCUCCUGGUGCUGCAGCGUGUGCCGGUCAAAUAAAAGUCCAUGGGUCUGUCUGACGUGCUCGAGUGUCCAUUGUGGAAGAUACGUGAAUGGCCAUGCAAAAAAGCAUUAUGAAGAUGCACAGAUUCCUAUGACCAACCAUAAGAAAACAGAAAAACAAGAGAAAGUUCAGCAUACUGUGUGUAUGGAUUGCAGUAGUUACAGUACAUACUGUUAUCGCUGUGAUGAUUUUGUAGUCAAUGAUACUAAACUGGGACUGGUACAGAAGGUCAGAGAGCACCUACAGAACUUGGAAAAUUCAGCCUUUACAUCAGACAGACAUAGGAAAAGAAAAUUACUGGAAAACUCAUCUAUGAACAGCAAGUUAUUAAAAGUAAAUGGAAGCACCACUGCCCUUUGUGCCACAGGCCUUCGGAACCUGGGGAAUACGUGUUUCAUGAACGCAAUCCUGCAGUCGCUCAGUAACAUUCAGCAGUUCUGCUGUUACUUCAAAGAGUUGCCUGCUGUGGAGCUGAGGAAUGGGAAGACAGCAGGCAGGCGAACUUACCAUACCAGGAGCCAGGGAGAUAACAAUGUUUCACUGGUGGAAGAAUUCAGAAAGACACUUUGUGCUUUAUGGCAAGGAAGCCAAACUGCAUUUAGUCCGGAGUCUUUAUUUUACGUUGUUUGGAAAAUCAUGCCAAAUUUUAGGGGAUACCAGCAGCAGGAUGCUCACGAAUUUAUGCGUUACCUUUUGGACCAUCUACACCUGGAACUCCAGGGUGGCUUUAAUGGUGUUUCACGUUCAGUAAUUUUGCAAGAAAAUUCUAGCCUGACUGCAAGCAGCAAAUGUUGCAUAAAUGGAGCAUCUACUGUGGUCACAGCGAUUUUUGGAGGCAUUCUUCAAAAUGAAGUCAACUGUUUAAUAUGUGGGACUGAAUCUAGAAAGUUUGACCCAUUCCUAGACCUUUCGUUAGAUAUUCCAAGUCAGUUCAGAAACAAGCGUACUAAGAAUCAAGAAAAUGGACCAAUGUGCACACUACGAGAUUGCCUUCGCAGUUUUACAGACCUGGAAGAACUUGAUGAGACAGAGCUGUAUAUGUGUCAUAAAUGCAAAAAGAAACAGAAGUCCACCAAAAAAUUCUGGAUUCAGAAACUACCAAAGGUGCUAUGCUUACACUUGAAACGAUUUCACUGGACAGCAUAUCUGAGAAACAAGGUUGAUACAUACGUUGAGUUUCCCUUACGAGGCCUAGACAUGAAAUGCUACUUGUUAGAGCCUGAAAACAGUGGCCCAGAAAGCUGCCUCUAUGACCUUGCAGCUGUUGUUGUGCAUCAUGGUUCAGGCGUUGGCUCUGGACAUUACACCGCGUAUGCAGCUCACGAAGGUCGUUGGUUCCAUUUCAACGACAGUACUGUAACUCUGACCGACGAGGAGACUGUGGUAAAGGCGAAGGCCUACAUCCUCUUCUAUGUGGAACGGCAAGCCAAAUCUGGAUCAGAUAAACUUUAAUACCUCCUUUUAAUUCUCACUUAUCAAGUCCACCGGACAAAACAUUUCCAUUUUUCCAUAAAUACUUGAUCCAAGACUAUUAAUUUCAUUGUGCACUUUUCAAUUUCCUCUUGUGGGUUUUAGUUUUGUUGUGUCAAUGGUAGCAUUUGACUUACUGAACUUGGACACAAACUAACUUUUUUUAGUUAUACCAGAAAACCUCAGCAGAUUUUGAUUUGCUGCUUUAGUUGUGAUAACUCAAUUUUUAUAUAUAUAGUUUCAAGAAAUACUUAGUUGACUUUUUUAUAUUAAUGUUUUCAGUUCUCACUUUCUAAAGGCACAUUUACAUCAGUGAAGCUUUCUGUCCUCCUUACAAGCAAGAGAAACAUGCUUCUGAUUACAAAGAGCAAUACAACUUCAAGCUGCUCUUACAGCUGUUAGAUAUGAUUUAAUCUCUUUAAAUCAAGGAAUUGUUUGCACGUACUAUUUUCCCUCGUGCAAGAAACUAAGCCGUGACCUCUGAACAAUCAUUCUUUGUCUGAAGAAGAGAUGAGAUGUGGCAUCAUUAAAUAGACCAGGUAAUUGCUGCUAUAUCGGUGUGUAUUCAGGCUGCUGACUUUCAGGAAUCAUUGUAAAUAAACAGUUGGUUCAAUUGUAUCUAUACUGCAGAUUAAUUCAAAUAUUCCUCGCAUAUGCUCUUCCCUCCCUCCCCUCAUUUUUUUUAAUCUUAAAAUAUAUACGUCUAAAUUGUGUCGAGAUGUAUUAUUCUUUUUAAAACCAGAUGUGAAUUGCCAGAAACAUCUGUUUUAAACAGUAAUCCUGACAUUUGAUCAUAAACUGUUACUUUAAAACUUGGAGAUUUCCUGGCAGUGGGACCCCAACCCUCCUUCCAUGUGGAAACUGGGAUCACAGCUCCUAAGUUUGGGGGUUAUGAGAACAGCCAUAGGUCUAACUAGAUAGCUCCUGUCUACUUUAAUGCCUGCAUUAAAUAAAUUAAUUUAAGACUGCAAGGAAGUGGAUGGAGUUCAAGAUGCUUGGCAUCGCAGUUGUUUUUAUCAGAUCAAAUACAAACUAAAGGGAGAUACUCACUUUCUCAGCAUAGCCUGAGGGGUGAAGAUUGACCCAAAACUGCUUGUUGACUGGAGCAGAUUCUGGUAGCUGUAGUAUUUACUCAUAAGCCCACUGUGGGAUCUUUAUUUUCAGUCUCAAGAUUUACACUGGAGCCAUGAUAGAAUUUCUAUGACUUGACUAUGUAAUAGAGAAAGACAUCGGUUUAAACAUUGGUAGUUUUAGCUGUGCUACUGUUCCAGAUGGUGGAGGUCAGAUCCUCUCUGCUAGUGAAAUUUAGAAAAGGACAGGAAAAAACUAUAUUGCAAAUUCCAGGAAUCCAGACAAAUCUGAAAUUUGGCAUGCUACAUUUUGGUGCUUUCCUCCAUUCCACCCUUUCUAGUUACCCUUGAUGUGCCUAGCAAGUAAUGGAACACUCCUGCAAUCACAAAAGCUUCUUAGUAAGAAUGGGGUUUUACCUCAUGUAGAGUCGCACAGCCAAAUUGCACCUUUUAGUUGUGGUAACAGAAAAAUAUACUAGCCUGAAAACACACAAGAACACAAGUAAAAAUAUGAGUACUCUUUUUAGUUAAUGCUUCUAAAAGGCAUAGUAUGCAGUAAAAAAAAGUCCCUAUAAAUCAUACUAUUAUAGCUCAUGGUGCACUUGGGUGAACUUCAUUUUCCUUGCUGUUGGUUACCUGCUAGCUGUACAUUGACAAGCAUAAACAGAAAUCAAUUCGAUUUUUUUUUUUUAAAUGACAGUCUUAUGGCGCUUUCAGGUCAUCUUGAACCAGGAAAAAGAGAGAAAGAGAGGUUGGCUUACCAUAAAAGCUGCAGAAAACGUUCCGCAUUGCUAAGUAUGUGUAUGUAAACUGUACACUAGUUAAACUUACUGUGAUUAUUAUUUGGUACACUGAGGGCCAUGCACACACACAUAUAUAUGGAUGUCUCUUUUUUUAAGUUGAACAAUAACUAAAACUAAUCAUUGUUUUAAAUUGUAGAUAGCAUGUCACCUACCAUUUCUCAGUUUCAUGCAGCCAGAGCUGUUGCUCCAACAAGAAGAGAUAGGUGUUGACAUUUGACAGACUUCAUUGUUGUGUGGGACACACGAAAUAUUUUUUAUGACAUUUAUAACCUGAAGCGCAGCCCUACUGCUCACAGCUGGGGAGUUAAAUCAAUUCCAUCUAUAUCUUCAUCUGCAUGCAACUUGGAUUGGAUUCCUUUAGCAUCUUAGUUCUGGGAAUCCAAAUCUUUAAAAUGUAGAACUAGCACUGGGCCAGAAACAGUUUAAUUUGCAGGAGUCAGGUGUAUGCAGUGUUCUUGCAAACUAGUGAUGUAAAUGUGCCUUUCUGUAGUUUUAAGAACUUACUUAAAAUUUGUAAUCUUCAGCAACAUUCACAUAUUUUAAGCAGCUUCUACUUCUGUUAAUUUCUUGGGUCAGAUUUAUUUUCCCAUUUCAGGAUUUCCUUUUAGUAAUAUUGUCUCUGUAACAUUUAAGGUCUUGGGCAACGGUAUCCAGCAUGGUCCAUUUGAGAUAGGGCCACGGGAACAUAAUGCAAUCAUGUCAGUCUUGUUCUUGCAGCAGGUGGUAGAUAAUACGGACUCAGCCUUACGCUUUGCUGGAACAAGUACAUUGUAAAUCCUUUCCUAAUUUAACUUUCUCCCACUGCAAACCCAGAUGGACAGUAUGAACAGUUUGUUGUGGCAACACAAGUAUUUCUCUUCCUGGUGGAGAACUUCGCUUAUCCACUGUAUUCUAUUCAGUGUGGUGUCAAAAAAAAA